AAAAUAUGUAAGAAGUUGAGAAUUCUUAAAACAUUGUAAAUUUAAUUGUUCAGAUAUGUCGUGGGUGUCCGAUUAUAAAUAUUCUUGGAUGGAAACAGUAGCCAUGAAUGUCAUCAGGGCCGGAGGUCAUUUACCCUAUCAUAUUGCCUUUGUAAUGGAUGGCAAUCGCCGCUACGCCAAUUCACAACAUAUUCGUAAGAUAGAUGGCCAUUCAAAGGGUUUUGAUAAGUUGGCCGAUUGUCUGAGGUGGUGUUUGGACAUGGGAAUUCGGGAAGUAACAACUUUUGCUUUUAGCAUUGAAAAUUUUAAAAGAUCUGAAGAGGAAGUCAAUGGUUUGCUUGAUUUGGCCCGUGAAAAAUUUUCAAAACUUUUAGAAGAGUCCUCAAAAUUACAUGAGCAUGGUGUCCGAAUUAGAGUUGUUGGGAAUUUAAACCUUUUACCUGAAGAUUUGCAAAAGCUUAUAGCUAAAUCUAUGUUGGAUACUGAGAAUAAUAACAAACUUUUCCUAAAUGUUGCAUUUUCUUAUACUUCCCGAGAUGAGAUAACCCAAGCAGUAGAGGCUGUUUUAAAACAUGGCGAUCAAUUAGGAGACGAUAAUAUAAGUGAAAGGCUAUUAGACGAAUGUCUUUAUACACGUCAUUCUCCAUCACCAGAUUUACUUUUUCGAACAUCUGGAGAGACUCGUAUUAGUGAUUUUCUAAUGUGGCAGCUUAAUUCAUCAAUUUUGUAUUUUACGAAAAUACUGUGGCCUCAAAUCACGAUCUGGAAUUUUUUAGCUGGCAUAUUUUCCUAUCAACGUGCUGCUUUGCGUUUGGAGCCGUACAAAAGGCAUGAACGUUUAGAACGUGCUCAAGUCGCAAAGUAUACUAGUUUUUACAGUGACCGUGUUCAAGAUUUUCUUGAACGUUUGGAUAUGUUUAGAAAAAAUAUACUUUUGCAAUUAUGGUCUACAAGUCAAUAGCUUUAUUAAUAUAAAUUAUCAAAUAAAGUGUUCAUUAUUAUAAACAUA